AUGGAAAGAAUGAACGAAACGUUGUCGGAGCUACAUGGCCAGAAGGAGAUGGUGGUCCACAGCAUCGCGAGGCCCGACUACAAGAAGUGCAACGCCCUAGAAGACGAGCACGAGAGCACGCUGGCGGUGCACAUGCUGAGCUCGCACAUUUGCAAGAUGAACCCAGCCAUCGACUAUACCACGAACCCGAGGGGAGCUCGCAUGGACAAGAGCAUCCUCCAGCAGGCACCGUUCGCAGGCGAGCUCGACCUCCACAAGCCUCGGCGCGACCAGAUCGACCAGUGCGCCAAGCUCCAGCAGGACCACGACGAAUGGUUCUGCAUGCCAGACGCAACGGUGGACAGCUGCAAGAACUGGGCCGAGGCCGAGAUGCCAGCCCAGGCGCCACCCACGACAGCGCGGACGCCGACGAUUCCAACUGCGGCCAGGGGUGGACCACACCUCCGGAGCCCGCCAGGAGCCAGCGCGAGCAGCGGGUCGGGAGAUCUGUGGGCGGUGUCGGUGGCGCCAGGCCCAGGGCACCUGAACGCCAUCCCAGGGGAUCAGGUUCAGAUGCGAGCGGAGCACGGUGACUGA